AUGUCGUCAGAUCCAAACGAUCUUCAAACCCUCACUGCCCGACAUUUUCUCACGAUGGAACCCCUUGUAACUGUCCCAGUCCCAGAUCCACUACACCCGGGACCUAGACUUACGUUACAACAACGAUGGACACUUGUGCAACACAUACAAAAACAUUUCUGGGAUCGAUGGUCAAAAGAAUAUCUGCACACAAUUUCAGUUCGCUCAAAAUGGGGCAAAGACAAAUGCAAUCUUGAACCUGGGGACCUAGUAAUUAUAAAAGAGCCGACACCACCUCUUACCUGGAAGACUGCACGGGUGAUGGAAGUACACCCAGGAGAGGAUAAGAUUGUACGCGUUGCUACAGUUCGAACUGCAAAUCGAACGGUGAUCAAACGUCCGGUGGUAAAAUUGUGUCGCUUACCACUCGUAUUGUGA